UAACCCCCGUCCGCUUACCUGCACCCUGUUCGCUGGCGAGAGGGCCUCUCUCACUACCCCGUCCCCAGCGCCUCCUCUGUGGUUGGUCACCAUGGCCUCCGAUCCCUCCGAUCCGGCCAUCUCCCAGGCCCAGUCCGACUCGACCACCUUCAAGUUGCAAAUAAUAUCGCCCUCAGUCGGUGUCCCCCAGCCGCUAGUCCUACACGGGCUCCCUUUCCACCUCACUGUCGGACAACUGAAGGAGCGCAUCCGAAAUGCCAUCGCCACUAAACCCGCAGACCAGGCCCAGCGCCUCAUCCACCGGGGCCGCCUCCUAUCUCGCGACAACGAGACGAUGGCGGAUGUCUUUAGCGAGGAAUCUCUUCGCUCCGUAGACCACCAAGCCGUACAUCUGGUUCUGCGAGAUCUAUCCGACAGCCGACCAGCGUCCACCCCGACUCUUCAACAUGCCGCGAGCAACGGCGCAUCGCCUGCUCCGGGCCAACAACCCGCCGGGUCCAAUACACCUAAUGCUCCUCCGCAACCACAGCCCCAACCGCACCCGCACCCGCAUCCGCACCUUCACCACCACCAUCACCACCAGCAUUACAACGCUCCCUUGCAGCCUCAUGCCCAAGUACGGAUCACAAUCCCUAACUACCCCGGAUUUGCAUUUGGCCCUCCCCAGGGCCCCGUUCCCGGAAUGCCCGCUACGGGCCAACCGGUCCCUCCGCAGGCGCAGUACAACCCUUGGGCAAGAGCUAUGAAUGCAGGUCCACAUAUGGGGGGUCUGAACCAGCAGAACCAGAACUUCAGCCAGAGAGAUCGCGUUCCGAUGGGCCCACAGGGAGCGCCAGAUGCGUCCCACGCCGCCACGAGAGGGGCCCCGGGGACGAGCACACCGGGGAGCGGAGUGUCGCCAUUCCAACCAGAUUCUACUCGGACUAUGAUCCGCGAGGGAAUUGGGCCAAAUGGCGCGCAGUGGCGCAUCACGGUGAACGAAUCCUUCGUCAACCCGCACCAGCGGCCGGGAAGGACCGCGUCGCCGUUGUCGACGGCUGACGGCACCGCUCCGUGGAUCCCCCAGGCGAGACCCGCCCCAUCCAAUGGGACCCAGCUGUCCAACAACGAUGUGCAGAGCAUCCUACGGGCUGCCGAUGCUAGCUCGGCUACGAGAGUCAUGGCCGACGCCAUGCGCAGAAAUGCUAGUAGCUCCUCGCUGGCGAACCUCGCGAGCAGCCAAGCUCAGCAUCCCAUCCCGCCUGGCGUUACUACCCCGUCGAUCCCGUCUCGGGCGGGUAGUGCCGCCGGUACUCCCGAUCCAUUCAGAGCAUCGGGUCAGCCCAGAAGCUCUUCGGCGCCCCAUGUUCAGGCACAAUUUUCGCAGGCGACGCCGGAGGUAUACAUCUUGACGUCCCCGAGCGGUCCGCGUGCUCUACUCCUUAAUACCCCCUUAGAGACGUAUUUCAGCCCCCCAGGCCGGGCCAUCAAUCUUCCUCCGGGCAUGCCAUUCCCCCACACGCUCGCCGUGCCGCCAGCGUUCAACCUUGGUCGGCAAUACGUAGCCCCCACACCGACUACUCAACUACACAACGCUCAGGCAGGAGGGGGUCAGAUACCCAAUGCCCAAGCUCACCAUCCACCCCAACAUCCGCAGCCGCAGGUCCAGCUACAGCAUGGCCUUCCCCAGCCCCCCCAAGCUCCCCCUCAGCUAGGACACAUUAUGGCACGCGCGGAUAAUCCGCAUGUGCAGGCGGUCCGGAUUGCCCAGCUGUGGCCCCACGUAUGGAUGAUCAUUCGUCUAGGCCUUUUCAUAUGGUGGUUCACGUCGCCGACUUCUAGCUGGUCCCGUUGGGUCACCGUCAUUUCUAUCGCCGUCACCUUGUUCCUCAUCAAUACGGGGCUUCUGAACCCUAUCGCCGAGCAAUUUUGGGUUCCCCUCCGCCGGCACCUCGAGAGCCUGAUACCCCUGGCCGACGGCCACCACCGUAACGCCCGACCUGCAAGAGCCGAGAACGGCCGAGGCGCCGCCGGCGACCCCGGACCUCAGAGGGAGCUAGAUCCCGCAGACACGGCAGCUAUGCUGGUUAGGCAGCGGCGUAACGCCAACGCGAACUGGCUGAUGAACCAGGCCAGGCGGCUCGAGCGCGCUGGCAUCUUGUUCCUCGCCAGCAUCGCGCCCGGGGUCGCCGAGAGGCACAUCGCGCAGAUGGAGGCGGAGGUGCGCGCCGAGCGGAGACGACGAGAGGCCGAGGCCGAAGCUGCUGCCAUUAUUGCCGCCGAGGCGACUGCUGCCCAGCAGGAAGCCGCGGAACGAAGCGCCGAGGAUGGUGGCGGCGGCGGCGGGUCUACUGCUACCCCUGCGACCAGGGAAUCAGAGAGGCAGGACCAGGUGGCAGGAGACGAGAGGGAAGACAACGGGCGACUGCGAGCCGCGGCCGAGCCAGUCAAUGUGCUCUGAAUUUGGGACCGUCCUCGUACAAAAUACGGUACUGAAUCACAUGCCCGCCUAUGGGGGCACGCCAUCGGGCCGUGAAUAAACGAAAAAGGAGGGGUAGUGGAUAGGGAGGGUGAGGGAGAAAGGGGGGGGGGGGGGCGAGGCUAAAGACGAUUAACGUAUGUACGAGUUAUCGA